UCACCCUUUAACAACAAUGACGAGUUCACAGCGAGUUGGAAAUCCUUCUUGAAGUUCGCCAUUGCAGACAGGUGUAUUUUACCCCUCGGCAGCAGCGCGAACUCUUCGUGCGUUAACCAAGUUGACCGUGAUGCACCAGGUGGGGAAGUACUCCCCGACACGAUUCCUUACGCUCGAAACGCCGAUAACGGUGCUGGGAAUGGUUCAUAAAUCUUCAACCUGGCGGACGGAGCUAGACAGCUUUUCCAAGGGAUACGACGGCGUGAGUGGGACUACCACAUCAGAGGAAAUGCUUUCGCCGCCGAUCGCCAAGAUGCGGAUGUCCAAGGGCGCGAAGGUGAAGCGGCGGUAUCCGUCCCCGCAGCCCAGGAGCAUCGGGAGCCUCGAGGCGGUAUGGAACGAGGGCGGGGAACGCGCUAAGCAGAGCCCGGACGGCCGCGCUUCGUCGGCGGUCUACUCGGAUGCUCACACCGGGAGCAGAUCCGACCCCAUGUACGCAACACGGUACUCGGGGGAACAGCAAGUCAACGGCCAAGCGGGAGGACAGCCGCCCAGGAGCAGAAAGAGAGUCCUCCAUCCAGAUGUGAGGACCAUCUUCUCCCCCGAGAAGGACCCCCGGGUGAAGGAGGAGACGGGCGAAGGGCACUGCUUCGAGGCGAGAGAGGCGGCCACCUGGUGUGACUUUUGCUGCGGAUACAUCCUCAUCGACUGUCGGAUUUGCUCAGGUUGUAAAUACACGUGUCACUCUCAGUGUCAACACCGGGUGGUGCUAGACUGCCAGCCCGGGCAUGGCUCCACCGCAGAGACCCCCCUCAACCAAGACCAGCUCAAUAACAACACACAGCUGACUAAUGUGGAGAAGGAGAGGGAGCGUCGCACCCAGCUCAGCAGUGAGGAGAUCAGGCAGAAGGUGGAGCAGUACAACGCUCUCACCAAGGACCACCUCAAAAUGACACUGAUCCCCAACGGUGAGUACACGGGCUUCAUCAAGGUGCAGCUGGAGCUGAAGAGGCCGGUCACGGUGCGGGGGGGCACGGGGCCCGAGGCCGGAGAGGAGGCCUUCUACCUCCCGCAGGGAGCCGCCAACACCCUCCACGUCAGCUCGGAGAGCACCGUCAAGCAGGUGAUCGUCGCCCUGUUGAGGAAGUUCACAGUCGCAGACAACCCGGCGAAAUAUGCCCUCUACAAGCGCUACAGCAGAGAGGAGCAGGUGUACGUGUGUAAGCUGGCGGAGGUGGAGAAGCCGCUGUACCUUCGCCUUGUGGCCGGACCCGACGCCGACACGUUUGGCUUCGUCCUCCGAGAACAGCAGACUGGCGAGGUCAUGUGGGACGCCUUCUCCAUCCCGGAGCUCUGCAACUUCCUGCGCUUCCUGGAGAAGGAGGAGAAGGAGCAGGAGGAUGCCAUCAGGCGUCGCUAUGACAACUACCGCCAAAAGCUCCAGGAGGCCCUGCAUGCCCCCCCGGGUGCGCCGUAACUACGAGGAGAGGAAUACAACAACGACAACGACUAAAAACUAUUAUAUAAAACAUGACUACUGAAGCCUAGCGGGCUGGCGGACUCUGAUGGCAACGAGGGGAUUGGCUAGCGUGGACGGAAGCGUCCGUUCCCAUUGGAGGACUAAGGAUCCACCCCCCCCCCCCCAUGAACUGCUGGCGGAGGAGGUCAUCCUACUGGAGGAGAGGAACGAAGCUGACGGAGGAGAGACGAAUCACGCCUGGGGUGUAUUGCUUUAAACACCGCCAUCACCUCCCAUCUCCACAGAGGAGAUGGGUGAACUGGGGCCGGGGUCAGUGAUGUCCUCUGGUGGUGGUGGUGGUGGUGGUUGUUGUGGAGGAGGAGGCUGCCAAGACAUUGGUUCGGUGCAAACAGAGGAGGCCUUUCGUCCACACGCAACAUACCAAAGAAUCACGCUCGCUUUUAUCACUGUGCCAUAUUGGGUUAUCUUCCCUGGACUCUCUCUCUCUCUCUGUGAUGGCUCUAUCCCGCCCAACCCCAACUCUCUGCCGUCUCAUCAUGUAUGCAAUCUUUCGUUGUGUGUUGUUGUGUUUUCUUAGGAUUUUAUUUCCUCCUUUGAACGGAGGGAUCCUCAAUCCUAGGAUGUUUUACAUGUUUUAUUUUUCGGUUUUAUUUAAGUGUCACAUUUUUGUACAUAGUCUUCUGUUAAUUUAUGUCUGCGGAGAUCUGUUCUUUUUGUGUCGCAAAAAAAAGUCUUAUUUUAUUUUUUAGCUCAAAGGCGUAGCAACAAUCUGAAACGUCUUGCUUGAGGCCGAGCGCACACGGUCGCUAGACCGUCACACUAUGUGCCGUAGAGAGAGGGCGGAGCCAGAAGCUAUCCUUCUUCACAAUCGAUUUGAAACGGGCAGUUUGCCGAUGCUACUUUAAACUGGACAGGUGUUUGGCCGAAUCGGCCCAUGAGGAGGCAAAGGAGGAAAAGUUGGUCUUUUGCUUUGAAUGUUGAGAUAGGGUGGAGACGAUGUGGUGUGAUCAGAGCCCCAUGGAGUGGAAUACUAAAGUCUGGAACAAAAUAGAAAAACAGGGGCGUUGUCAGCAGCUUGUCAGCUGCAGGUGGUUUAGUGAGAUGAGGAAUGAGAUUUAAGUCUCUGUGGAAAACAUGUGUGCCCUAAAGGGUUGAGAAGGUUGUGCAUCAGAGGCAGAACAGUUAAACCAAGCGGUCCUCAAUGUGGUAGCAGCACGGUAGAGGGGCAGAUGAUGAUAUAUUCAGAGUGCAAAGGUUAACGGUAGAUGGAAAUAGGGCCCUCGUGUCAAAAACGUGUGCUAUUUGUUGUUGAGUCACAAGAAGGUAUUGGAUGUAUGUUGGUAUGGAUUAUGGUCUCCUCGUAACGUCAAGACCUUCACGUGACAUUAGGUGAAGGAGAGGAGGGACAGACGAAAGAGAAGGUUCUUGUAGCAGGAAGUUGGUCAUUUGACCGAAAGGAAGUAGGAGAGGAACUUUGGGAAAUGGGUAUGAGAAGGAAAUGAGGAAAGACGGACAGAAGACUCGCGUUAAAGAGCAAAUUAUGCAAAAAUGAGAUGACAAGGAGUUUUGAAAGGGCUGAAUCGAGAGAUGUGAUGAGAACUGGACAGUCGUUGAGAACUGGACCCUUUUGCUGAUGUGCUUGGUUCGACUAAACCGAGAGCGACGGCCUGGGGCAUGGGGUGGUGGAGUCCCCAACAUCCCAUGGAUCAGCAGACUGCUUCAGCUGUGUGACCCCUCUUGGGGGGGGGGGGGGGGGGGGGGGGGCUUGUUUAUGGUGCAGCAGGCAUGUGUCCUGUGCUGACAUCCACAACAAAACGUGGGAGAGAAAAGGGAGUGUGGUUGAAGGGGGGCUAGAUAACGUUGCACUGCAGGACUCAAAGGACACAUUGUCCCUCACUCCCGGACAUCCAUCCAUCCAUCCAUCCAUCGUAGCGCUCGUUUCCAAAUGGCUUUUCUCUUAACCACACAGCUCCAGGUGCUCUGUUCCCACAAUGCACCGGGGCUCUGUGGUACAGCCAACGCCCGCGCUGACCACCCCGUUGCCCUCUUAUGAGAUCAGCGAAUCAGCACAUUGCACACGGGACGCAUUGACGACCCGGCGUGGAACCAACUAGGUGUUGCUGUGAAUGUUAUCCGGCCAAUGCAGAACCUUUGUGAAGCACAAUGGUUGCGUGCAGUUUGCAACGGCAACCCCUUACCGGGUUGUAUCGCAUUUAAAGACUAUUUUAUCGUAGCGGGCGCGAGCUUGUUGCCUUGACGUACCCUGUGUAGACACUCACCCGGGGCAUGGACCGGUUAGGGUCGGUGGCAUGUGUGACUGAAGAGGCACGUGUUCAGUGGAUAUCUACUAACCAGGGGGUGGCACCAUGUGAGACAACGGUUGACCUGCUUGACACUCUCUCACUUAUCACUGACAAUCAGUCCCAAGAAAACGUAUGAAAAGUUAGCCUCUGGCAAUGACGCGUGAAGCAAAAGGUGUAUGUGUAGAGGUCGCAAACUUAAAUCGCUGACCUGUUUCACUCGAUGACGCAUCAGAAACGACUGUGCGGCGGUCUGGACGGUAGUAGACCAGCACCAUCUGGUGGCCGAAGACCAUAACUAUACUCUAUUGAGUUCUGUGUGUAAACAAGCAAGUGAGAAUAUGCGACUAGGCCUAUACUUAAAUUUGAUGUUUUUUUUUUUUUUGUUGUAUACUGUAACCAAAGAUAUUUUUUAUAAAAAGUGCAUUUUAUUAGGCGUUGCCUGGAGCAAAUUUAUUAGAUGCCACGUCCUGUUUGUGACAGUGGAGUAUAGUUGUAGUAUUUUUAUUUAAAGGGGUUUUCAACCCAAAUUCGAACUUAAAAUGUAAUCUUUUCUAAACACUGGGUAAUAGAAUUUAUGACGUUUGAAAUGGAUCUCUUUGUGGGGAAUAUUAUAAGGACCUUUUAAAGCCAUGCGAGUUGUUAGCCUGCAUGUUCAACAAGGCUUCUCUGUCUCUUAUCAGUUUAUCACAGGUGGACUCGAGGCCCUGGCUUACACACACACACACACACACACACACACACACACACACACACACACACACACACACACACACACACACACACACACACACACACACACACACACACACACACACACACACACACACACACACACACACACACACACACACACACACACACACACACGGACCUUGUCUUAGACCAGUCCUAGUAUAGACCUAAAGUAUCUCUUGGGCACUUUAAUCUUUAUAAUUCAGGGAAUAUGGAUCUUAGAUUUUUCUGUCUACACUUUUUCUUUUCUAUUUUUUUAUCCGAUGGCUUCCCAGCGUUAUAUCGCGCUACAGCCUGGACGUCUGCAAUCGUCUUUUGAUGGAUGCUAUACCCGGUUGUAUCUCGUUGGUGGUGUAAUUAAGUUAAUUUCAGCAUGUCAGCUAUACUCAUACCACGUCAAGUGUAAACUUUGUGUGGAUUUUCAUUUUCUCAUUCUUUUUCCAUUUUGUUCCUCCAUUACUUCUAGAGUGAGUCGUUUUAUUUUGUUUUUGAAUGUCACUAGAUAAGCUUAGUCACAUACUAGUGGUCGUUUUCCGUAGACUGUGAAACCGUCGCUCCUUUACUCUUCACUCGACGCCCGGUGGUGUUGCGAUGGGGGAUGACGUCACGGCCGCCGGCUCCUCCACCUUAUAUGCACAACGCUUGAGUAGACGCUAAUUGCCUGCUCGUAAAUUGGUAACCGUGGCAGCGCACGCGCUCAAAGCAUACAUGGGUGUAUUUCCUUCUUCAGCGACAACGGGGGAACAAGAAAAUGUACAUACGUUCUUAAUCAAUAUUUCUUAACUAAACUACAUGAGACUUGAAUUUGUUGUAGCACACCAACACUUGGAUCGAUGCAGUCCUGAUUCUGCCUCCACUUGGACCCUUUGGCUUGCCUGUGCGUUGACACAAUUAAAACAUAUUGGGCCAGUAGGGUUUGAGAAAUAGUUGGUUUAAGCUUUGUUUUUCAGAGCAUUUUUGUUCAAAUGUUUUAAAACAUGAAUUUAUGUUUUCCAUAUUUUAGAUAUAAAAAGGGACCGCUAACGUGUUUUGGUCCUGAGCCUGGUUUGCCUUAGAUAUGUACAAUCUUAUGUCUCUACUUUGCAUGCAGUUAUGUCAAAUGCCAAAGAUCUUGUACUUCUUUUAAUAGUAUUUUUAAAAUGUUAACAACAAUUGGAUAUAUUCGGCCAUAAAAAGUGUCUGAGGUGUUGUAACACCUGCAUCACUCUAGCGAAGGAUUCACAAUCAUAACAGUUGGAAAUGCAUUAUAUUCGAUAUAUCAGGAGUUGAGACGCCACCUUUGUAAUGCGUGCGGAUGGAUAUACUACGUUUUUGAGUGAAAUGGCUCGUGUGUGCUAAAGCCCUCCUGCGUCGCUUAAAAGUCCUUGUCCGCUCACCACCCUAGUGCCUUUCUGUCAAUCUACCCAAGUGGACCGAUUAGCGACCGAAUCUCGGAAGCUGAAGGGGGGGUAACACCCACAUACAAAUGAGACUCGAUGCUUUGACUUUCCUCCAUUGGACUUCUCUUGAUAGGAAUAUGGUAACUGAUUUACUUUAUUUGUUAUGGUAAUUAUCUUUCUGUUUGAGUCAUUACCAAAUGUGACUUUUAUUUUAAAAGGUCGUCUCCAUCAAAUAAAGUUGAAAUUUAAAUAAACCAAA